AUGGCGAUCGCGUUCCGACUGCACUCUUCAAUCCACAUUCUCCUCGUCCUGGUAUCAUCAGCCGUACUCGUUAUAAGCAGCGUCGACGCGCAGCAAGGAUGCGGAGGGAGCUGCAGCAGCCACGAUGACUGCAGCGGGCGACUGGCGUGCAUGAGCGGCAAGUGCGGGGAUGACCCCGCCGUGGGAACAAAGAUCUGCAAGCCACAAGGGGGGGGAACCUGCAAGCCGUCGGGAAGCUUCCGAGCGCCUGCGUCCGUCCCCUGUAACUCGGAUAACAUGUCCGACUGCUGCAAGCCACUUUCCAAGUACUACAAGUACACGUGCUCGCCACCUGUCAGCCAUGCCACGUCAGCAAUCCUCACUCUCAACGGAUUUGGUGAUGGCCAGGAUGGAGGAGGCGAGUCAUCCUGUGACGGACGAUUCCACAGCAACACCGAGAGGGUCGUCGCUCUCUCCACCGGCUGGUUCGCCAAUCGGAGGCGCUGUGGCCGUCAGAUCCGGAUCUCCGCAUCCAACGGCCGCAGCGUGCUCGCGACCGUGGUGGACGAGUGUGACUCGCGGGCGGGGUGCGACCGCAUGCACGCGGGGCAGCCUCCCUGCAUCAUCAACGAUGUUGAUGCGUCUGCUGCUGUGUGGCAAGCUCUUGGAAUAGGCGAAUCGGAUAGCAGAUAUGGGUACAUGAAGGUCACAUGGCAGGAUGUGUGA